GAACAAAUUGUCGAUCACGUUAACAAGAGGCUUAACAAAAUUUUAUCAUUUUAUUAUUAUAGGCAAAACAAUAUUUAUAUAAUGUAUUGAAUUAUAAAAUAUUUGUUUAUUUAAAUAAUCAUAAAUAUUUAUUACCAAAUAUUCGAUAUUUAAAUAAUGCAUAAUAUUGUUGAAGUUUCUAUAAAAUUUUAAUUUUGAAAAUCUAAAUUUAUAUUUAAGUAUUUCUUUCAAACAUUUUAAAAAAUAUGUAUAUUAGUGAUUUACGAAUCGCAGUAAUAUGUUCAAGUAACAUGAAUCGUAGCAUGGAAGCACAUGCUUUUUUAUCUAAAAAAGGUUUUGAUGUUAAAUCGUACGGCACAGGUGAUAAGGUAAAAAUUCCCGGAUCCUCUAUCGAUAAACCCAACAUUUACGACUUUGGUACUUCGUAUGAAGACAUUUACCUUGAUUUGCUCCAAAAAGACAAAUCACUUUAUACUCAAAAUGGAUUACUACAUACUCUUGAUAGGAAUAGAAGAAUAAAAAGUCAUCCGGAAAAAUUUCAGGAAACUCCAGAGAAAUUUGAUAUCCUUAUAACCUGUGAAGAGAGAGUUUAUGAUCAAGUCGUGGAAUUUAUGGAAAAUAAAACGCCAACAGACAAUUCUAUUGUGCAUGUAAUUAACAUUGAUAUAAUGGAUAAUUUGGAAGAGGCAACUAUUGGAGCUUUUUUAAUUAGUGAUAUGUGUACAAUGAUGGCUAAAGCUGAGGAUUUAGAUAACGAAAUCGAGGAAGUACUUCAUAAUUUCGAGGAAAAAAGUCAGAGAUCCAUUUUACAUAGUAUAGUUUUUAAUUGAAUUACCUUUAUACAUAAUUUAUUUUUAUAAAACUUGCUAUCUACAUAUUGAGUCUUCAAAACAAUAAAAAAAAUAAUUUGUAUUAUAUUCGUGAUAAGGCUGUUCUUUAUUAGUAAUAAAUAAAAUAUAUUUUGUAACGCUAAAAAAA